CGUCGCAACCUUGUGAUGGCGUCGAGUGCCGUUCAGGGGCUGAGUGUGUGUUGACGGAGGAGGGCGAGCCGGAGUGCAAGUGCCGUUCUCAGUGCCUCCAGGAUGGUGCUCGCCGUCCUGUCUGCGGCUCUGACGGCACCGAUUACAGCAGCGAGUGUGAGCUGACCCGCACCGCCUGUAUCCUCAAUCAACAGGUGCAGGAGCGCUACGCCGGCAUGUGUGAUCCGUGUGGUCAUGUGGUGUGCCAAGCGGGUCAAAAAUGCCUGGUAGAUGACGCCAGGGUGCCACGGUGCCAGUGUAACUCCACGUGUCCCUCCACUCUCUCACCCGUGUGUGCUAGUGAUGGUACUACAUACAGCAACGAGUGUGUGAUGAACUUCGAGGCUUGCAGUAGAAGACAAGUUCUUAGUGUUCUAUAUCGUGGCGAGUGUUCCUCAGGUGUCAACCCUUGCGGGGCGGUGCGGUGCGGGUCAGGGCAGGGGUGUGUGGUGAAUCAGUACGGGGUUGCCACCUGCCGGUGUCGCAGAUGGUGCCCGCCCGUGGUGACGCCCGUGUGCGGCUCUGAUGGCACCACCUACGACAGUCGCUGUCACCUGGAAAGGGACGCCUGCCUCAGACAGAGGUCCAUUACCGUCGCCUUCGUCGGCUCCUGUGGUGCAGGUGGUCCGUGCGAGAAGUACAAAUGUGAGUACGGAGGAGUGUGCGUGGAGAGGUACGGCCAGGCAGAGUGCGAGUGUCCUGAGUGCGGCGGAGAGUACCAGCCCGUGUGUGGUGGUGACCGUCGCACCUACCACAGCUCCUGCCGCCUCGCCCGCCAUGUGUGUCUAACCACCACCCACGUCGAGCUUCUCCACCACGAUCCUUGCGAUGCGUGUAAGGGCGUUGAGUGUGGGGAGUUCGGACAGUGUCGGGUGGACGCAGAGGGCUUCGGUCGCUGUUCCUGCCCCACGAAUUGCUCUCAGGCGCUGGGUGGGGAGGUGUGUGGCAGCAACGGGGAGACGUAUGCAUCAGAGUGCCACCUUCAAGUCGCCGCGUGUUCCACUCAGCAACACUUGAGCGUCACACACAAGGGGAACUGUGAUCUGUGCCUGGACGUACACUGUAAGUACAGGGCCAGGUGUGAGGGAGGCCGCUGUAUCUGUCCCACAGACUGUCCCGACAAGAAAGAGCCUGUCUGUGGCUCCGACCGUAUCACCUAUAGCAACGAGUGUGUCAUGCGCAAGGUGGCAUGUGAGAAGAACGAGGAUAUGAACUACCUGUUCUUCGGGGAGUGUGACGAAAUAGGAGGCAUCGUCACAGACGUGAUCUACCCCACGCCCCUGCCGCCUGCUAGCCCUGAGGAUCCCUGCCACUUCCAUACCUGCAUUGCGGGGGCUAAUUGCCAGAAGGACGCCGAGGGUAGAGCGCGCUGCGUCUGCGACUUCUAUUGUUCGCCUCCACCUCGCUACGAGCCUGUGUGUGGCAGCGACAAGGAGUUCUACGAAUCUGACUGUCUGAUGCGCCUCCACGCCUGCAACAUACAGGUCAAGCUCUCCGUGAGGCCCAUCCACGAAUGUGCCGCUGCACAGAGGCUGAGGGCGUGUAACGGGACGUCGCCGCUCAUCAAUCCAUCGACGGGGGAGGACCUGUACUGCGGUGAGGGCGGCACCAUCUGUCCCCCCGGUACCUACUGUCACCGCCAGCACGACUUCGCCAAGUGCUGCAGGGAUUACUCCGUCAGGGUGGCUGUUAUCGAAGCUCCAGUGCCCCGGGACUGUCACCAGAGUGACUGGGGAUGCUGUGAAGACGGUAUCAACUUCUCCACGGGACCGGAGAGCGAAGGCUGUCCCGAAUCCUGCCGCUGUCACAGACUCGGGUCAGUGAGGGAGGCGUGCGAUGCUGUGACGGGUGUGUGUGAGUGUCGCCCGGGAGUAGGUGGCAAGAACUGUGACCGCUGCCUCCCGGGUUACUUUGGCCUCCACAGGGUGUCUGACGGCGCCAUCGGCUGCACACCUUGUGGGUGCUCGCUGUUCGGGUCACUCAGGUCCGACUGUAUGCAGAUGACGGGGGAGUGUGUGUGUAAGACUGGGGUGACGGGCCACCGCUGUACGCUGUGUCCUCGAGGCCAGGUUCUCCGUCUAGAAGGAUGCAUCUAUGAGGACCUGCUCGUGCCCCAGGCCACCACCUGUGACCUCCUCCAGUGCAACUUCGGGGGUCGCUGUUCUGAGGACGCCGGAGCCGCUACCUGCGUCUGCAUCCACCACUGUUUACCGAGUGGCGUGGGCGGAAAGCUGGCAGUGUGUGGGUCGGACAGGGUGACGUAUGCCUCCGAGUGUGAACUGAAGCACCAGUCGUGCGUCCAGCAGGCGGACAUCGUGGUCGUGGCCUUCGGGUCAUGUACUGAGUCUUGGACGGACGCUCCUGUACGUCGGUCCACCGCCGAGGACGGAUGGGGCACUGAGGAAUGGGCGUGGCCAGGGAGGGGCCUCACUGAACACCACGCCCUCGCUACUCGCAGACACAUAGACGCCGCCCACUUCACCCGCGCUCACUCUGCCAACCCCUCUCACUCCAUCAAUAUGAUCGUUGAGUCGCCGACACACGUUGUGACACCCAAGACGGCACUGGACUCGGAGGAACAAGGCCACAUCUACCCGCUCUCAGCAGCCACCAAACAACCCUAUAAAGUGCCAGCCUUCACGGGCACCUCCUAUAUACAGUUGAUGCCGUGGUCAGUACCGACGAAGGUGCAGCUGGAGGUGGAAUUCGUAGCGCACGAGCGAGACGGAGUGUUGCUGUACAUCCAACAAAACCUGGGAGGAGUUGGCGACUUCCUGGCGCUAGUCCUUAACGGCGGAUAUUUGGAGGUUCGUCUUGAUCUGGGCAACGGACAGAUCACCGUCAGGUCACCGGCGCCAGUUGACCUCUUCACGAAGACUCAGGCCAGCGUCAGGACAUACAAUAGAGACGCACUUCUACAAAUGGACGUGGGAGAGAAGGUGUCCGUGCGGUCAGACGGCGUACAUCACGCCCUUGACAUUCACGCCCCGCUGUAUGUGGGGGGCGUGCCCAGCCUGACGCCACAGGUGCUCGAAAACCUGGGCGUGGCCAAGGGCUUCACCGGGUGCGUCCACUCCCUUAAGGUCGGCCAGCGAGCCCUCGACCUGGUGUGGGGACGGUCCGGGAGCGUCGGUCACGCCCACAACGUGAGUGAAUGCCGCCCCUCCCCCUGUGCCGCCCACCCCUGCACCAACGGGGGCACCUGCCGCCCACGGCCACACAGCCUCGGCUUCCUCUGCCACUGUCCUACCUUAUACACAGGCAGCCGGUGUGAGGUGGAGGUGAGUGAGGGUUGUCGUCGCCUGCAGUGUCCUCCCGGCACCACCUGUCAGCGCGUCCCAGCAGCUACCACCCUCCACUGCGUCUCGGAGUUGGGCGCAGAGGAAGCGUGGCCAGUUGCAGACCUGAAAGGGCGUGGGUAUCUUGCUCUGCCGCGCCUGCAGGCUGUGUUAGAGGGCGUGUCGUUGGAGUUGUGGUUCCUGGCGCGCGCCCCCCAUGGCAUGUUACUGUACCAGGCGGAGGGACCCGCCCAUCGUGGUGACUUUAUCAGCCUCAACCUCGCCAGCGGCUACGUCCAGUUCAGACUGGAUGUUGGCCCUGGUGUGGUCAACCUAACGUCGACCGAGGUGGUGCAGGAGGGAGCGUGGCACCGCGUGAAGGCGUGGUGGGAGGGGGGUCGAGCCUCGCUACAGGUAGACGAGCAUCCCCCUGUCACCUGCCCCGCCCCAGGACCCCCACAUACCCUCACCCUCAACACCCCACUCUACCUAGGUGGCUUCAGACUCUGGUACUUGGUGAAUCGAGAGUCAGGCAUCCUGGUGGGUCUAGACGGAGCACUACAGAGGUUACUGGUGAACGGCGUAGUGUACAGCAGGCUGACGGAGGCGGCGACGGAGCAACGGGGCGUAUCGGUGUAUAUAGGCCCUCCCUGCCACCCCAACCCUUGUGCCAACGGUGGCCUGUGUGUGCCAAUUCUCGCCAACUUCUCGUGUCGCUGCCCAGUCAUGUUCGUGGGCAGACUCUGUCACAAAAGUCUGACUGGAGUGAGUCUUGACCAGCCUAUUCACUUCGAUGGAACCACGUCUGUUCUCUACCCAGGGCAGCUCUCCCUCAAGUCCAACAAGAGUGGGCUACACGUCCCCUGGAGUCACCCUGACUACGACUACCUGGAGUACGACGAGGUGGAGCAACAGCUACUGGACCAAGUGGUGGACGGCAGCAACGACCUACAUGACAGAGGUCGCGGACGGCCACACGGCGUGCUGGAGGUCAGUUUCCGUGCGGACAGUGGGACGGGGCUGCUUCUGUGGGCGGGGCGAGGGCGGAGUGGGCGUGGCAAGGCGGGGGACUACCUCGCACUGGCUCUGGUCGACGGCUUCCCUCAGCUGGCAAUCAACCUCGGCCGAGCCCGCAAGCCAUUCAUCCUCACAGCCACGGGGACGGUAGAUGACGGGUCCUGGCACGUGGUGAGAGUGACGCGACGGUGGCGACGAGCGCUACUGAAGGUGGACAAUCACCGUCCAGUGCGGGGUAAGGCACCGCGCGGCGCCACCACCCUCCACACCGACGGUGAUCUCUGGAUAGGUGGUCACAGGUGGGUGCCCACCCAGCUGGAUCCCGCCUAUCACUGGGGCUUCAGAGGGUGUGUGGACCGUGUGAUGGUGGAUGGCCGUGAGGUACACUUGGUCCAUCACGCAGCCUCUCCGCGACUCCAGUUCUGCCAGACCCUCAGCUAACACCAAGCCGACACCCCAGCUAAAGCCAGUUUCAUACAUCUGCUAACUCCAAGUCCACACCUCAGCUAACACCAAGUCCACGUCUCAAUGAACUCCAGGUCCACAUCUAAGCUAAUACCAGAGGCCACAUCUCAACCUCAGCUAACACCAAGUCCACGCCUCAGCUAACACCAGGUCCACGCCUCAGCUACAGUAACUCCUGAUACAAACCUCAGCUAAUAUAGUUCCAACGCUUCAGCUGACGCUAAUCCUACGCCCUCAGUUAACACCAGGCCCUGCACGCUUCAGCUAAAUUUCAAGUCUACGACCUCCACUUACAGUCGGGUCCACGCCUUAAAUCAAUAAGUUCAUCUCUGCAGCUAACAAGAUCAUUUCCAUCUCACCUAAGGCCAUCUCCAAUCCCACAGUUAACAUUUACUCCACGAAAAGGUUCCUGUCCCUGGUUUUCCCUUAACUGAGUAUCUAAGAACUUUUGUAAAUGACUAACCAAGCGUAAAUGGCGUCAGUA